AUGUCUCAUACCAGUGUUGCUUCAAACACGCUUCUUCUCCGUCGUCAGCUCGCGGAGCUCACCAAGCAUCCUGUCGACGGCUUCUCUGCAGGCCUCGUGGAUGACACCAACCUGUAUGAGUGGGAGGUCAUGAUCAUCGGGCCGCCGGACACCAUGUACGAGGGCGGGUUCUUCAAGGCUCGCUUGACCUUCCCCGAGGACUUUCCUCUGAACCCACCCAAGAUGCGCUUCAUUACCCCGAUGUGGCAUCCGAACAUUUACGCGGAUGGUGUCGUUUGCAUCUCUAUACUUCAUCCUCCUGGCGAGGACCAGUAUGGUUACGAGGAUUCGGGCGAGCGUUGGCUUCCGGUGCACACCGUGGAGUCCAUUCUGCUGAGUGUGAUCUCUCUACUCUCAUCCGACACGCCGAAUUUGGACAGUCCGGCAAAUGUGGACGCUGCCAAAGAGGUCAGGACUAACUUUGAUGCAUACAAGAAGAAGGUCCGACGUCUGGUGCGUCGUAGCGCGGAGGCUUUCGACUAG